GGAGGACGCAGGAGAGGAGAAACUUUAGUUCUGUUCGGGAGUCCUUAACUUUUUCUCUCCCUUUUUCUGUCCACAGGAGCCCUCCCCCAAACCUCACCCCACUCCCAUCCCAAGGGAAGAAGUGGGGGCGGGGGCCAAGGCAAGGAAAAGAGGAGUUACAGGCUGGUUCCCGGGUAAUCAAACCCCAUUCUCCCUAGAACCCCCGCACCCCCCUCUACCUCCCUCCUGCCCCCGUCGCCCCGGGGGCCCUUCCUUUGUUCGCGGGGAAGGGCUCCGACGCCCCUACCCCGAGGCGGCUGCUAGGUGGCGCUGUUACUCCACGCUGCACACUCCGCCUGCCGACAACUUGACCCCGCUGACGUCACGGCCGUCUGAAUCAUCAAGGCCAUUUUCAAAUCCCAUUGGUCUAGCCGUCACAUGCUGGACUCCUGGGGCGACCCCAAAGCCGCCUACCGCCUGGAACAACCUGUUGGCAGGCCGCUGUCCUCCUGCUCCUACCCACCUAGUGUCAAGGAGGAGAAUGUCUGCUGCAUGUACAGCGCAGAGAAGCGGGCGAAAAGUGGCCCCGAGGCAGCUCUGUACUCCCACCCUCUGCAGGAGUCCUGCCUCGGGGAGCACGAGGUGCCCGUGCCCAGCUACUAUCGCGCCAGCCCGAGCUACUCCGCGCUGGACAAGCCGCCCCACUGUGCCGGGGCCAACGACUUCGAAGCCCCUUUCGAGCAGCGGGCCAGUCUCAACCCGCGAGCCGAACAUCUGGAGUCUCCCCAGCUCGGGGGUAAAGUGAGUUUCCCUGAGACCCCCAAGUCCGACAGCCAGACCCCCAGUCCCAAUGAGAUCAAGACCGAGCAGAACCUGGCAGGCCCCAAAGGCAGCCCCUUGGAGAGCGAAAAGGAUCGGGCCAAAACCGCCGACUCCAGCCCAGACACCUCCGAUAACGAAGCAAAAGGUCUCUGGCCAGGGCAGUUGUCUGAGGACCCCUCAGCAUGCCCCAGAGCUGUUGCCCCUGACCUCUGCUGCCUGCACAAGCUCCCUGCCUCAGAGGAGAUAAAGGCAGAAAACACCACAGGAAAUUGGCUGACAGCAAAGAGCGGAAGGAAGAAGAGGUGCCCCUAUACUAAACACCAGACGCUGGAAUUGGAGAAAGAAUUUCUGUUCAAUAUGUAUUUGACGCGAGAGCGCCGCCUGGAGAUUAGCAAGACCAUUAACCUUACAGACAGACAAGUCAAAAUCUGGUUUCAAAAUCGCAGAAUGAAACUCAAGAAAAUGAACCGAGAGAAUCGGAUCCGGGAACUGACCUCCAAUUUUAAUUUCACCUGAGCUCGGGGGCCUCCCCUCCCCCUCCCUUCUCUCCCCCCCCACCUUCUUUUCCCCGCCCCUCCUCCCUUUGUGCCUGGUGGUAUAUUUUUUUUUUCCUCCCUGAGUAUAAAUGCAACACGCCUGCAAAAAAGGCAAAGACCUCAGACUCUCCAUCCAAGGGACCUAUGGUUCGUGCUCCGAAGAUGCGUCCACCUAAAGCAUGAGAAAUGGGGUGCUGGGGUGUGGGGUGUGGUGUGCCCACAUAGAUGAGGGUGGGAGUGUGGCUGGUGUGUGUGUCAACCCCUCACUCAUGCACGCACUCACACAUAGCAUCCUGUUCUCCAGGCAAAGUUAAGGUCGAAUCCACCCGAUUAUAGGGGGAAAAAAAUCAACCAGAGAAGGUCUGUAAUCUCGCAGAGCACAGUCAGAAUCAGAAUCGCUUCUUCCUUGCUGCAUUUCCUCCUUAGAAUAAUAGACGUUUUGGAAAGUUCA